CAGAUACUUGUCUCAUUUUGAAGGGCAAGUACAAUGACAUGAUUGGUGUUUGCUUUUGCCAGAUUGCAGCACCCAAUAAGGGAACUGAUUUACAAACUGGAACUGGCAGAGGCAUCUAGUGGCACUGAGUAAAAAGACAUUCUAACGCGUCUGUAUCCCAAGGAACUGCAGCUGCGUGCUGCUCCUCCUCCAGCAUUACUAUUCACUGGCCUGACUCACUCUUGCUUCCCCCCUCACACAACAAGCACUUGUUCAGCACGUUAUACUACAGUGUAUUCCAAGCAGCAACACGAGUCUGAUGUGCAAGAAAGAGCUGUAGCCACGGUCUCAGGUCUUGGUUCCCGGCAGCUUCCAGACAUUCAUUGUAGGAUUAGAAAGUCAGCUUCAUUCCCCAGCUGUGCAUCUUUAUUUGGCUUCCCUGGACAACGGUCAGAGCUGCUUGGCAUUAAGGAAAACAUAUAUAAGGAACUCCAGAGCUCAAAAUGUUGAUCAUCCGGAUUUCUGCUAUCUGCUUUUAAGUAUUUUAAAUAUUUAUUUUUGUGGCUCUUAUUAGUCCUACCUGUGUGUGAAAAGGUGGUCAUGUGAGCAGAAGCAUCAACGUCUUGGACAUGGAGGGCCACACUGGACAAUCAAAGAAGAACAUUUAACACUGCUGAUAUCGCCUUUCCUUUUCUGCACAUUUCCAACGAAACCUAAGGAGUGAAAAUGAUUAACUGACAAGAAGGAAAUAAAGUUUGGCUUAUCAACCAACAUCAUUAGUCAAUGACUUAGCAGUAUUCUUCAAGACAACAAUGAAAGGAUUAUCAAGCAGCCGAAGCCAUCAUCAUGGGGUUGUAUGUGAUUCAGUAUGCGAAACUCUGCCUCAUCACACAGAUAGAAAGCCAUAUUUGCUGAAUCCCGUGGAUCCUCACCCUGCAGAUCAUCCCUACUAUGCUCAAAGGAACUCCUAUCCAGUAGAUCAUGUGAUAUCAUAUGGGGACCAGAUUGCCAGCAGUACAUUUCCCAGAAGACAUUAUAGUUCCCACCAUGACAUUAAAGACGAUUCCGCUCUAGUUCCCCAUGGAUCAGUUGGAAAAGGCAACCGCAUUCCUUCAUCUGUCUUGGAUCAGUUUGAAAGACAAAUUCCCAUUAAUCGUGAUGGUUAUCACACAUUGCAAUAUAAAAGAAGUGCAGUAGAACACCGAAGUGACAGUCCUGGGAGGAUACGCCAUUUAGUUCAUUCAGUUCAAAAACUUUUCACUAAAUCCCAUUCCCUUGAGGGUCCAAUGAAAGGAAAUGCCAAUGGAAACAAAGCUAAUUCAGACGAAAUGCAAACUGUGAGAUAUGGAAAACGUAGUAAAAGCAAAGAGAGGAGAGCAGAAGUGAAAUCUAGGGCUAAUAUAUCAGGAUGGUGGGGAUCACAGGAUAACUUAGACAAUGAUCUUUGCAUCUACCACGGGCCUUCUACUGUCAUGACUAUGGGGAGAUGCCCUGAUCGUUCCACUUCCCAGUAUUUUAUGGAAGCAUACAAUACAAUUAAUGAUCAUGCAUUAAAGUCAUCGCGGAGCAAUAAUGAUGUGAAAUGCAACACUUGUACAAAUCUACCUGUGAAUCUGGAUAGUCAGAUAUUAAAGAAAAGUUCUUGGGCAUCUUCGCUAACAGUGAGCAGGGCACGGGAGGUUUAUCAAAAGCCUGCCAUUAAUAUGGACCAAGCUCUGGUUAAAUCUGAAUCAAUCAAUCAGCCACAAGAGAGAUUAUGUCAGUAUCUGCAGGUGCCUCAAGAUGAAUGGAGUGGAUACUCCCCAAAAAGCAAAGAUGACGAGAUUCCAUGCAGGCGAAUGCGCAGCGGCAGCUACAUUAAAGCCAUGGGAGAUGAUGACAGUGGAGACUCUGACACUAAUAGCCCUAAACCAUCUCCAAAGAUUGCAGCCCGAAGGGAGAGUUACCUUAAGGCUACUCAGCCUUCGCUCACAGAACUCACUACACUCAAGAUUUCAAAUGAACAUUCCCCAAAGCUUCAGAUUCGGAGCCACAGUUACUUGAGGGCUGUAAGUGAAGUGUCAAUCAACAGAAGCAUGGACACCUUAGAUCCAGUAGCACUUCUUAAAUCUCCCAAAUUCCGUUCAAGGAAUGAGAGCUAUAUGAGAGCCAUGAGCACAAUAAGCCAGGUUAGUGAAAUGGAAGUGAAUGGUCAGUUUGAAUCCGUCUGUGAGUCUGUAUUUAGCGAACUUGAGUCUCAGGCAGUAGAAGCCCUGGAUCUUCCCAUGCCAGGCUGUUUUCGAAUGAGGAGCCACAGCUAUGUUCGAGCAAUCGAGAAAGGUUGUUCUCAAGAUGAUGACAGUCUGUUGCUUAGGCCAUCAUCACCCCCACGCACACCUACUACAGUAAGGACUAUCCAGAGCAGCACGCUAUCAUCAUGUAUUACUACGUACAAAAAGCCCCCUCCUCCGGUUCCUCCAAGGACAAACAAACCUUUCAUCUCUAUCACGGCUCAAAGUAGCACAGAAUCGGCACAAGAUGCCUACAUGGAUGGACAUGGCCAAAGAGGGGAUAUGAUAUGUCAUUCAGGGCUGAGUAACUCCACUGAGAGUCUGGACAGUAUGAAAGCUCUCACUGCUGCCAUAGAAGCUGCCAAUGCUCAGAUCCAUGGCCCUGCAAGCCAACACAUGGACAACACAACAGUAAAUUCCACCUCUACCACCACCGCCAUCAUCAAUGAGAAUGACAGGAAAAAGAUUCAGUUCAGGAAGAACCUGUCUAUUGGAAUACAGGUUGAUGGACCUGAAGAAGCUGCUAGGGCAGAAGAGAGACAAGCAGCCUUUCGUUAUCAAUCUGUAGGAAUUCAAGUUGAAGGAGAAAGAGCGUUGCGCAGACUGACCAGAUCUAACAGUGUAACUGCUGCCGUGCAAGCAGAUCUGGAUCUCAGGGAGCAUUUUGAAUGUCCAGUGGAACUGGCUGACCAUGAAUUCCAGUUCAGUAGGCCACUGACAAAGCAGUAUUCUCGAGAUGCUUGUACCUCUACAGUAAGCAUCCAGGGCUCAGGCAACCAUUACCAUGCUUGUGCAGUAGAAGAUGACUUUGAUGCAGAUUUCGAUCCAUCCAUAUUACCUCCUCCUGACCCAUGGAUCGACUCUAUUACAGAAGACCCGAUGGAAGCCGUGCACAGAUCAGUUUGCCACAGAGAUGGACAUUGGUUUUUAAAACUUCUUCAGGCAGAAAAAGAACGAAUGGAGGGCUGGUGCCAGCAGAUGAAGAGAGAGGAAUAUCAAAAUGAUUUACCUGAUCCCAUUUUAGAAAAGAUUCGCAGUGCUGUUGGCUGUGCUCAGCUUCUAAUGUCCCAGAAGUUCUAUCAGUUCCGAGAGCUCUGUGAAGAGAACCUGAAUCCUAAUGCACACCCUAGGCCUACCUCUCAGGAUUUAGCUGGGUUCUGGGACAUGCUUCAGCUGUCAAUAGAAAACAUUAGUAUGAAAUUCGAUGAGCUCCACCAGCUAAAGUCCAAUAACUGGAAACAGAUGGAUUCCCUUGAUAAAAAGGAGUUUCUACCAAGAAAAGUCAGGAAGCACAGAAAACACCCUGAACCUGGUAAUCACCUCAAAAAACAGGAGCAAAAACUGCAAAGGAACCUCUACCAUCAUUGAAAAAUAUAUUUACACAAUCAUUUAUUAUGUGGAAUUAUUUACAUCUUUUUUAUAUAGAUAUUUUUGGUGGGAGUUGGUGUUUGUUCUCAGGUAAUAUUUUCAACAGUUGUACCAUUUGCCAUAAUAGAGAAGCUGGCAAACCUUCUCCUUCCUACUGUAUAUUAUUAUUAUUAAUAACAUUUGAAUUCAGCAAUAGUUAGAUUCUAUUCUAUUCACCCAUUCCCUCCAGUGAUAUAUGGCACCUUUAUCUUCGGCUGUUGCACCUCUUUUUAGAAAUGUAUCUUGGAAGAGUAAUUUUUUUCUAUACCCCCCCCCCAUCAUGAUGCCUCCCCUUGUUCUGUUUCCAUUUUUUCUGCAAGUCUAAUUUUGCUGCUUCUCUACAACACCAGAGUUGAUCAACAAUUGCCCUAUGCCUGGCAACUGUGUUUUUAGAAUUGAUUUAUUCCUUGAUGUCUCAGUUUAACCUUUUAACCUGCUGAGAUGAAGAGUACGCCCUCUAUUUUCAGAAGAACACAAUGUCAUGUAAAAAAAAAAUGCUUCUAGCAGUCAAAAAAUCUACUAUUUGCAGCUUCAGUCCACAUUUCUGGACAGUUUGGGAAGCCCGUGAUAGGCUAGGCGAUUCUCUAAGCAGUUCCAACUGCUCUAUGUUCAACAAAAUAUUAAAAGUACAGAUAGGAAUCUGUUAUCUAGAAACUCAUUAUGCAGAAAG